GAGGAAGGGGAGCGGCUGCACGCCAGACUGGGCUUGUACGUACCUACGGUAACUAGCAUAGAAGACCGUUGUAGUUGACAGGUCCUGAGGGAGGGGGGGAAUUACCGUUUUCUGGCGGCCCGCGAGCUCCGUUUUCGGUCUGAAACAUAAGGGUGGUGUCAUGAGCCUGAAGGAGUGAAAGAGGCAGGUGUGUCAGUGGAUUUUAGACAAAGUUGGAGGCCAGACAAGGAUGCUGGAGGAUGAUACAGACCCAGCAGGCGAAGAAGUAGAGGGAGAAGCAGACAUGGGGAGCAGAGACUUGAAGUCUGAGGUGAUGCGGCUGACUCUGGAGCUCCAAGAGGCCACGGAGGAAAAGCUGCAGGCAGCCCGCUAUGGCCUGGUGGUUCUGGAGGAAAGUGCUGCCCUUAAGGGGAAACACAGGCAGCUGGAAGAGGAGCAUGAAACUCUAAAACUGGAGCUACAGCAGCUCAAAGAGGCGUUUGCAGAUUCUGUGAGCAGCCAGAAGCGUGCAGCUGCUGAUGGAGAGUGCCGGGAGGAGAGUCUUCUGCAGGAGACUGCUACCAAAGAGGCUGCCAUGGCAACAAGGAUGGAGGAAGUUCAGGCAGAGCUCAAACAAGCACGUCUUGCUCUGAGCAAUGCCCACGCAGAGAUUGAUAGACUAGGAGUGCUUUCCACCCAGCUUAAGAAGGAGUGUGAGUGUCUAGAGGCAGAGAAGGGUCAUCUGAGGGAUGAAAUGAAGGAAUACAAAGUCCGUGAGCUGCGUCAGCUGCAGGACAACGGUGAACUGGAAGAAGAGAACAUAUCUUUGCAAAAACAGGUGUCUGUGCUGAAAGAAAACCAGGUUGAGUUUGAAUCGAUAAAACUUGAGCUGUCUCAGAAGAAUGAGGAGCAAGACGAGCAGCGGGCACAGCUGGAAGAGGCAGCAAGGCUGAGGGAGAUCGCAGAGAGGCAGCUGGACGAGGCGCUGGAAGCCCUGAAGGAGGAAAGGGAGCAGAAGAACAGUCUGCGGCGAGAGCUCUCUGCCUUGACCCUGAACCCCUUUGAUUCUGUGGGGAACCUGGAGCUUCACUUGGAUCAGCUGGAUGACAGCCAGGAGGAGGGCCAGGGUGGACAGGGUGAUGGUGGGGAGGAGAACCAGGACGGGUCAGGAUCUGUUCCUAGUUCUGCUCAGUCAGGUGGCUCCAAAAGUAACGGGCUCAUCCAUCGUUACUCCACACCACGCGGCAGCGACGUGUUCCUGCGAGCUCCAGCAUCAGGGCUGGUGUCGGACCUGCUGAGUGAACUCCACUUUUCAGACAGUCAGAAACUGAAACAGCAGCUCCUGCAGGCAGAAAGAGAUAAGUCCAGUCUGACUGGUAAGCUCGAGGAGCUACAGAUGCAGCUGAUGAUGUCCAAACAGGCACUCAGUCAACAAGAAGACAAGGUUGGCUCUCUGACCCAACAGCUGGAAGCUGUUCAAAGUACGCAGCAUCAGAACCAAGAGGAAGAGGUCAAACAGGAGACGGAGACUGGAGACGACGGUGCAGUCUUUGACUAUGAGGUAGACACCCGGAGCAAGGAGGUGCUGGAGGCUCGAAUGCGUGCAUCUAGCGAAGAGCUUCUGAAGCUACGAGACGAACUGUCUCAAGCAGGAACUCGUUAUAACGUCCUGGAGUUGAAGUACAAGCAAGAGAAGGACCGUUGGAGGACCGAGGCCCAGGAGCUGGCUGACAAGAUCCGCCAGUGCAUCAAGUCCAGCAAGCAAGAUCAAGAGCGCAUCGGCGAGCUUGAGAAGGAGAUCGGAGUCACGCGGAAAGUGGCGACUGAUUCUGAAGGUCACCUGAGCGUUGCCCAGGAAGAGCUGCUGGCCUUCUCUGAGGAGCUGUCCAACCUCUACCACCACAUCUGUGUGUGCAACAAUCUAACACCAAAACGGGUCACCUUGGACUAUUACCGUGACGGCGCCAGGGCAGGCGGUGCUGGAGGAGGAGGAGGACGAAGAUCACACCACGUCUACUCCCAGCACAACUCCCAGAAGAAGCCUCGAGCCAACGACUCGUUCAUCUCCAAAGCCUCGGCGCUGCAGUUUAUGGGAGAGGUGGACAGUGCAGGAGCCUCUGGAGAAGCUCUAUCUUGCCCUGGAUCACCAACGCUGGAUUUCAGGGACCCCUCCAAUGUGUCCAACUUGGUAGCUGUCAUCAGGUGCCAGAUCAAGCACCUCAGGGUGGCUGUGGACCUGUGUCGUCAGAAGGGUGUGAUGCCUUACUCGGGGCUCAGCAGCAGAGCAGAGUCAGAGCGGGAUACUGAAAGCCUGAUGGAGGAAGUUCUGAAGCUCAAAUCUCUUCUCAGCACAAAGAGAGAACAGAUCGCUACUCUCAGAACGGUCCUUAAGGCCAACAAACAGACUGCUGAAUUGGCGUUGUCCAAUCUGAAGACGAAGUAUGAGACAGAGAAGAGUAUGGUGUCAGAGACCAUGAUGAAACUGCGAAAUGAGCUCAAAACCCUGAAGGAGGAUGCUGCCACCUUCUCCUCACUCCGAGUCAUGUUUGCCAGUCGGUGCGAUCAGUACAUCACCCAGCUGGAUGAGAUGCAGAGGCAGCUCGCAGCUGCAGAGGAUGAGAAGAAGACACUGAAUUCCCUGCUGCGCAUGGCCAUCCAGCAGAAACUGGCCCUGACUCAGCGUUUGGAGGACCUGGAGGUGCCUCAGUAUCCACACAGCUUGAACAGCAGCCCCCGCCGCUCUCGGGCCAAAGAGCUUGUUGUCAAGUCGGCCCGCGGCACUCGUAGCCCCCGCAGCAGCCCUGCCCGGCCACAGCUAAGGAGCAGCUCGCGAGCUAGCCCUGUUCUUGGCAGCAGCGUCACCACCUCGGCCACGCACCACCUGCGAACUCUGACUCGAAGUCUCAACACAAGCCCCCGCUGAAGCUCUCCUCCUGUUACUCCAAAACCCCUCUUCUCUCUAAGGACCUGUCUUCAUGUUGACUCCCUCCUCCCUCUCUGAUUCAAGACAUCCUGUCCACCCUCAGUACGAUGCUACAUCACCCUCUGUCCACCUGAAUCAUGGACUGAAACCGUAUGUAAAACAGAUCCCUCUCAUCCACCCUGUUGGUCUUCUUUGCUUGGAAGUGGAGAAACCUGCAUGCAGCCUGGAGGUGGAUGAAGAG